GGUAGUAUUUUCAAAUUUGCUCACAAACACAAUUGCUGCCCAUGCCUUGAGUAACAAUAUGGAAACGAUUGUUUAUUGUGCAUUUAUACACGUGAGCAAGCAGGCUACUGAGCGGGGCGACUCAAAAAUCCCGCGUAUUUAGCUGCUGGAUACAAUAGACUAUACAUUAAGAACAUUUGCAUAUAGCGAGCUUAUCGUUGCUACGGGCUGUUUGACGUCAUCGUGUCGUCCGUGCUUCUGUCUGAUAGCUCUUCAUAGCAACCAUGUAAUCUCUCAUUGUGACGUCAAGCUUAUCCGUUUCAGUACACCAGCAGCGUCGAGUGUGCUUGUAGUAAAACUAUUAACGUAUUGUGCUGGUACAAUGACUCGUUCCUUCCAAAAGAUGACAUCAUUUUUCCAUUGCCGGUGCGGAAAGUUUUCAGGACAGUCAAAGCAUCCUGGAUGGGAGGGACAUGGAUGACGUCAUGUUUCUCGUCUUUCUUUGGACAUCGUCCAAUAAAACCAUGAAUGAACCUGUCAAAUCCGACGGUGUUGUUUACCUGUGGUUUAUUUUUAGAACUGAUCUCGCAAAAGCACGUGGAAUUGUUGUCAGUGGUUGAAUUGAACAUGGACCUACUACUCUAGUAGGUCCAUGAAUUGAAGGACUGAGAUAAAAAAUUUCCACACUUCGACCCCUCCCGGUUUUCAAGGAAUGGAAAAUGAUAGUCAACCUAUACAUUUCAAAUGUCAUGAUUAUGGGUGUGAUAUACAUUGUGAUUGAUAAAAAUAAUCUAUUUAUCAAUGGUUUCUUGAGGCUUCGAAAAUCUUUAUGACAUUACUAUCUGGGGGUAGCUAUAAUUUAUAUAGCUUUAUUACUGCGGUAUAAGUAUAUGGUCAUGAUGAUGUACACUGUAAAAAUAUUUGGUAAAAUGUUUACCACCACGAGGGUAAUAUUAUGUGUCCAACCGAUUUGGGGGGCAGUAUUUUACCCGAUGCGGGAAACAUAAUUAUUAUUGUCCAGUAUAAGGUUAAAAAAUAAACAGCAAUUACUUAAGAAUGGGCAAAUUUUCAUCACGCUGGAUAAAUAAAAAUGCCCCAAAGAAAUGCCCAAUGUUGGCUGGACACAUAAUUACCCUCAUUGAGCGCUUUUACCCAAUAUUUUUUUAGAGUGUAGUCCGUCCACAUGACAUUUAACUAAGUACAUUUUAUCACUGAUUUCAGCAUUAUCUGAAAUUUGUGAUUUUCAUUAUGUCGUCGUAACGAAAUUGUUCUUUUGACAUUUUCUGUGACUGUUUUAGAAGCCAUUAACUAAUCUAGCAAGCAUGAGCUUGAGCUUCGAUUAAUAGAAAAGUGAUUGGAGAGAUAACUCGUAUGUUCCAUUUAGCUAAAUUUCUGACCACAGAGCUUCAGAAAAAUCCAUUAAUUCCAUCCAGGUCCUUAUUAUUAUUUUUUUUUACUAUUGCUCAACCACUAACCCACCUGGCAUUCGUAACCACGGUAACGAAUUGUUGUUACUUGUGAAGCUGGUAUUGUUUUUUUUUACCGUGAAAGAUUUCUGCAUUGAUUUUGAAAGAGAGAUCAAUAUGCCUAAAACAUAAUGUGAUAAUAACCGACAGCUUUCAUGUGAUUUUGAUUUUUUUAAAACUCCCUUUUAUGUGCUUUAACUAUAAUUCUGCCAACAUGAUUUUUUUUCUUCUAACAUAAUAUCAAUAUAUUGAUCCUCCUUUAUACAGCUUUGAACCUUGGACUGUAAUCACUCAGCAGGAAUCGAUGGGGCUGUACUCGAAAUCCCAUGUCGAACACAAUUCACCCAAGGAACAACACACUUUAUCUAUAGAUUUAGAAGAUAUGAUGAAAGGAAGUGGGCAAUCCAGUCCACAGCGUGCUAGUAUUACAUCAAGCAGUAUCAGUAAUACCCCGCCCACCACCCCACUAACACCCGGUACUCCUUUAAGUGGUCCGGGUACGCCUAUCAUACCCACUGGAUCGCCAUCUAUUGCCUCCCAGUCACCACUUGGACCUCCCACCACGCCAAGCUACCCAGGACCAUAUCGACAUCGACUUCCAUCGUUCACGGAGAGCGACUCGCAAUCGUCGACCCGCGACACGCUGUCAGACGAUGCCGCCUCGCCGUCGGACUCGCAAAGCGACGUCGCAUCUGUAGGAAGCGGUAGUACGGCUGAAUGGGUGAACUUUGACAUCACCCCUCUUGUUAAGAAGGAGCUCAAGGAUGCCAUCAUUACGAGGAGAAAGACAAGAGGGUUACCCGAUGUCAGAGUCGAUUUUACUCCACGACUUCCAGACAAGCUAACCCCAGAAGAAGAAGAAAGACGUCGACAUCAGAAGGAAAGAAACCGUGAUGCUGCCUCAAAGUGUCGUAGUAAAAAGAGGGAUGCUGUGGGACGACUUGUAUAUGAAGCACAGCAGCUAGAAACAGAGAAUACAAAGCUUCGAGAAGAAAUGAAAGCGCUUGAAACAGAAAGAGGCCAGCUACAGUUCCUCCUUGACAUGCACUCCUCAAAGUGUAUGAUGCAGCAGGCAUCACCACCGAUCACCAACCCUUCAUCAAUCAUCCAGAUCACAGACUCAACUGGCGAAUCGAUAUCAGUCCCACUUCUCAUCCAGGAUACGGAUGAGACAACCAUACAAGAUUUGCAUGCCUUGAGCGAGACAGUGGUGAUCGGAGCAAAGACGGAAGCGACAACGCCAAUGGCAGAGUCGGCAUCGUCUUACGGAUCAUCAUGCUUCCCUCCAACACCGUCAACAACUCAUAGCCACAGUUGCACGGAACCCUCAACUCCUGCCACCCCAACGAGUGUAAAUAUGGAUGCACCCGUAUUUCCUACCAUAUCGUUAAGCUCUAUUCCAGUGACCACAGUUGUAGAUCAUAGUACUUUCCAGGAAUGCACCAGUGGCUCGCCAAUCGCUUCUCUUGCCAGUAGUUCCACAAUGAUUACCGAUGCCUUCACCAUGCCAGACAUUGCAGAUUUCCAUCCGGUCGUACCUCCAACGCCUGAAUUGCUAGAUGACAACAACGACCCAUUUUCCGAAUCGUUCGUCCAACAAUAUCUUGGUGGCGAUCCAUUACUAUCUUCAGACUUUUCUCUGCCGAACAUUGCGGACAACUCGACAAUCCUUGACAGUUAUCUUAGUACCAAAUCUGCUUCGGCAGACGUAUCGAUGGCCGACGCAGAAUGCACUGCAGAAAGCGGACAGAUCUUACCUUCGACAGGGAGGUCAAUCAGCGGUGAUGGCUACACUGAACACCAGCAGCCUUUGCUGGAUAUUCAUUUUCCUCAAGGUGAAGCGGGGGGAAUAAACCUAGUUUCUUCAAGAGUGGACAACCCCAAUCGUGAUGCAUCCGAAAUUCUCUCAUUAUCAGCCUUGCUUGGAGUCUCACUGGGCGAUUUUGACGGAACAAUUGAUGACACAUCGCCUAUCAGUAUACCUUCAAAUAUAGUGCAAUAGGUCUUUUGUGUAGCAUUCUUGAUAGUUUUCAGAGUUACAAAUCCUUGCCCGGGAUAUACUGAUGAUGUAUAAUGUUAUUUCGGUGCAUGUUUUGACCAAACGAAGAAUGGACAGCGCACAUACGGCACUUUUGAUCUAAUCACGAUCGUCAAUAUUCUUUUUUGUCGUAUCUUCUUGUUUGUGGUAAAAUGGAUUAAAUCCAUAUUAUGCUUUCAUACAUAAUUGGAGAAUUAAUCACGUUGUUUAGAUGGAUUCCUGUGGCCGUUUCAUAAAGCUGUUCGUAAGUUAAGAGCGACUUUAAGAAAGACUGGUGAACCUUCUUACGCGCUAAACCAUCGCCAAUGAACAUUUGGGUCGUCAUUCGGCUCUAAUCAGAGCUACCGGGCCACAUUCGGUUCGAUUCUUGCCACUAUUUGGGUGGCAUUCGGCUUUAUUCGGAAUGGCCAAAAUUGAUUCGGGUCAAUUCUUGGCGAUUCUGCGCUUAAUCGGGACCAAUUCCUUUGUAUUCGGGGAGCUCCCCCAAUCGGAGACGAAUAGGUUCCGAGUCCAUCCGAAUCAGGCCAUAUUUGGGCAGAAUCGUUUCAAAUUUAUUCGGGAGAAAUCGGUUUUGGAGUAACCCUGGGUUUAAAGAAAAAGAGAGAGAGAGAUUUGCCCCGAAUGUUUUAGCAGCUGAAAUAUCUGAUCAGUAUCUCGAUCUCAGUCGCUGUACGUCGUGUAUUGCUUAUCUAUUGCAAAGUGUGAAUCUAUGUGUCGUAUUUGUAAUGUUUUCAGAAAGCAUAUUUUUAUGUUUAUUUUUCAUCAAAUGAACUGAGUGUAUUAUAAGCUGAAUAAUCCAUGCAGAUUGAAAAAAAAAAUACUCUUCAAGAUUCUUUUUUAUUGUAAUCAGAUAUAUGCAAAAUGCAUUCAAUGUUUAUUAAUUUGAUAAUAAUUAUACUCAGCUAUGACAUUUUUAAUGUAUUUAAUGGAAUAUGAUCAAUAAUACUUUGAAUGAGAAAUCGAAUCAUACACAUUAUACAUGUAUGUUUACCUAUAGGUUCUGUCUUUCAAUAAAAAAUGAAAUUAUAUGACCCUGUCUUUAAAUAAAAUCAUAUUCUAUAAUGGAGGCAAUGAGGCAAAAAACACAAAAAACAGGAGACUGAGUUUGGAUAUGAAGCUGUCUUUCCGAAAGGAAAAUACGAGGGAGAGAAGCGAGCUAUGGUAAAAAAAAAUAGACAAUUUUAAGUGAUGUCAUAAUUUGGCACGCAAGAAAGUUAAUGAUAG